UCCACUGAACUUGAAAUUUCUUUUUCACCACGUAUAAUGUUUUUGUGUUUAUUGUAUACAACCUAACCAAUGUUUAAAUAGUAUGUACAAUCUUUUGCUCUUGUACAAAUAUUAUAACACAUUUGGUUAGAACCCGUUAUCAUUUAGCAGCAGUGUGUGAGCUGUUUGUUAUUUUGUAGGAGUACGUGUGAAAUGUAGAUCCACAACACAAUAUUCACUGUGGGCUGAGCUGCAGAUGUUAAGGGUCAGCUGUGAGUUUCGUAGGAAAUGAAAAAGAUUCUAUUGCUUCAUAGUGUGAUAAUAUUUUUGACUGCAUAUGAACAGGCUUUGUGUAGAAAAGUGUUCACAAGUGUUACACACAUGAUGGGAAUGUCAAAAUUGGAAGUCAACCUCAGGCGAUUGCUGUCUCAGUGUGAAAAUAUGGCUAAAGAAGACCCCCAGAAAGAUUGGAGAUUAGACAAGUACAUUGGUGCUCUUGAUGAAAUGGUGACAAAUCUUCAGAAACUUCCAAACAAACCCAGCAAGGAUACAAUGGCUGAAUACAUUAGAAGAGUCUUGUUCCUCAAGGGAAUUAUUGAGACACAUAAAUUGACAAAUCCCGCAGAAAAAAUUGUGGCAGUGCAGCUUGUUCCUCAUGGACCGGCAACGUCGUCAGAAGCAGUUACUAAAGAAAUCCACCAAACGACUGCAUCAAAAUAUGCCAAGGAGCUUCGGGAACAGCUUCUUCAGAAUGGAUCAGGAUCCGACAAGAAUUUGAGGCAAAGGAAGCAAAAGUCGGGUGGUGAAGACCUAGACGCGCUGAUCAAGUACCACCAUUCCAUGCAGGAAAAGAUUGCAGACGACAUGCUGUUAUUGGCUCGUAAUCUCAAGGAACAGUCUCAGUUAGCAGGCAGCAUCAUCAGAAGAGACACAGAGACAGUAGGGAAGUCAUCAAACAUGGCAGACCACAAUUUUGCCAGGCUCAAGGUUGAAUCGGAGCGACUGGAGGAGCACAGUCGGCGCGCUUGCAAGUGUUGGAUAUGGGUUAUGGUUGCUGCCGUUGUAAUAAUUUUUAUCAAUAUGGUACUUUUCAUGAAAAUUAUGAAGAAAAAGUCUUGAAGUUUCUACCAUCCAUGGAAAUUGCACAGUAUUUAUUAAAAUUAUGUAACUGUGUGUGUGUAUAAAAUUCCAUUCUUCCACUGUA